AUGCCAGCUCCAUUAGUAGCAGGCUACGACUCCGACUCCGACUCCGACUCGGACACGGGAGCGGCUUCCAAUGGCCACGCCACCAUCAACCUACCACCGCCAUCGCACCCCUCGACAGCCACAGCACCAGCACCCGCAGCCACGCCCUCUGGAUCCAAGCUAGGGCUACCACCACCAAAGCACACGUCGUCCCUGCCUCCCCCGACGACGACGACGAGCAGAUCGAGCGGUCUGGCCCUCCCACCGCCCAAAAACUCUGGUCCCGCCGCCUCGGCCUCCUCUCGCGCAGCCGCAAAGAGAAAGGCAGAGGCCCGCACCGCCAAGCUCCAGAUCCGCAUCGAGUCCCUCGACGAUGACAACGACAACAACGACGACAACGGCGCCGACGGCGACGAGGAUGCAGCGCAGCCAGAGCGUAAGAAACCUCGUCCCGCCGCUUCGGCAUCGUCCCACGCCCUCUUUGGCAUGCUCCCCGCCCCUAAGCGGCCCGACCAGAUCCAACGGGAAAAGAAGCUCGAGGCCGAGAAAAAGGCCAGGGAGGGGGCGCUCCGCAUCGUCGAGAGCCAUGAUGGCCAGGACGACGACGACGGCGGCCCUCCUGCCGACUCUGCACUCGCUACCGACGCAGCAGCCGCACAGAAGAAGGGCAAAGGCAACGCCGACUUUCGCGCCAUGCUCGGACUCAAACCCGCCGCCGCCAAACCCAAGCCCCCAGCUCUGCCGGCGGCCAAGCCAGCACCAGCAUCACCAGCAGGCGAAACCGCAUCCACUAGGCCAGCAGCGAUAUCUGCGUCUUCUCUGUCGACCCUGCCGAAAGCGGACUCCAGCUUGCCAGAGGCAACUGGCAGCUCUACAGACAAGCCGAGCUCGUCUGGCAAGGCAGUCGCGCCGCUCAACUUUUUUUCGAUCGACGAGGCAGCGGGCCCUUCCGCCGCUCCAAGCAGCGGCCCACCAAGGGCUGCACCGAAGGCGACGAGCUUUGCCAUCUCGGCUGCACCCACAAUAGAGGAAGUGGCGCAGGCGACAGACGCCGACGAUGGGUCGACCGAGGCCGAGGUGGCCUACCGGGGCUGGCAGCAGGAUCCCGACGGGACGUGGGUUCCCGUCACUCCCGAGGCGCAGGCGGCCUACGCGGCCUGGCAGGCGUCGCAGGAGACGGAGGCGGCCAUGGCGCAGGCGUUUGACGAUCCCAGCCGACGGCGGCACAACAACGGCGGCGGCGGCGGAGGGUUCGACAUCGGCGAGCUGGCCAAGGCCGGGCUGCGGGAGGAGGACCUGGCCAACGUCGACGCGAGCCGGCUCGCCUCGUGGAGCGGCGUUACGAGCGGCGGCGGCGGGCUGGAUGCGAGGUACGCGAGCGCGGCUGCCGAGUCGGCGGCGGCUGCUGGCGGUGGUGGGGCUGCAUCGUCGUCGUCUUCGGCGGCGAGCAAGAAGAUGGACAAGAUGACGGGGCAGCGGGCGAGGCAAAAGGGCCAGCUGACGUCGCUGCUGGCGCACGCCGAGGAGAAGCGCGGGCAGCUCGAGGAGAAGUGGGCGAGGGGCAAGACCAAGGGGCAGGCGUCGGCGGCCAAAUACGGCUUCCGCUGA